ACGGCCCACGGGUGGGCGCAGCGCCGCGUAGCCUGCCGGGUUACUAAACAUGGUAAACAAAGUGGAGCCUCCAAUCAGCGCUCGACACCUCCCGCUGCGCCCCGCCCCCGCAUCCUUCCGCGCCGGGCAUGGGCACCGCGUCGGCGCGCGCCCCUACCCAGUCGUCGACUUGAUGCUGCUCACUCGCACUCGUCGCAGCGCCCCACGCCCCGCUAUUUAUGCGUACUUGCUUGCCGGGAGAGUCGCUGGAGGUGGGCGUCCUCCUCCCGCUCCAGAGCUCGCUGCUUCGCUCCACCCACCCGUCUGGAAAGCCAAGGAAAAAAAAUCCUUUCACGAUAUACUGCGGCAACAAGGACUUGUCUUAUGUGUUGAGUCAUUUUAAGCAGGAGUGAUAUCUGGUGGUUUUUCAAAAGAAGACAAAAAUGUCUUCCUCGAGGCCUGCCCACUCUUCCAGUUCAUCCAGUAGGACUCGCCAGAGCUCCCAGGCAAGGAUAUUAGCACAAACAACCCUUGAUGCUGAACUCAAUGCAGAGUAUGAAGAAUCUGGUGAUUCCUUUGAUUACUCCAAGUUGGUUGAAGCACAGCGGAGCACUCCAUCUGAGCAGCAAGGGCGAUCAGGAAAGGUCAUAGCCUACUUGCAGCAUAUUCAAAGAGGAAAGCUAAUCCAACCAUUUGGUUGCUUGUUGGCCCUUGACGAGAAGAGCUUCAGGGUCAUUGCAUUCAGUGAGAAUGCACCUGAAAUGCUCACAACGGUCAGCCAUGCUGUGCCAAACGUUGAUGAUCCCC